AUGGCCAUCGAUCAACCCACGAACAAUGUCGCCAACGUCCAAUUCGAUUGGUCGCAAACUUCCAGGGUAGUGGAGUUGAUUUCGCAUCAAGAAGACGAGGAGAGAGCUCGUUUGACAGCCGGCCAACAGCCUCAUGAUCCGUUCGCGCCGAUCGAAUUUAUUAGCGAUAAAGCAUUCGCUACUCUGCCACACCAGCUUGUCCUGUUAGGGCGACUUAGGACUACACCUCAACUAAUAGACGCCUACCCAUUCACAAAGGCUUAUCUAGAGGAACCACCACUCGACAGCAACCACGAUCGCUUGCAGAGCUUCCGAAAAGAUGCUAUCUCAGCUAUCGAGGCCUACAAAAAGCAAUGCGAAGCCGACAUGAAAGAUGUACAGUCUACCGAGAAGCAAAAAGUCCGGGCCCGGAUCUCAAACUCAAGCAAGCUUUGGCCAAUGGACAAGUUCAUACUGACCUUGGCGACAUUCAUUCCCCAGGGCUCCUACACCACAUAUGCAGCCAUACGCGAGUGGGCGAGUGAUGCUGGAAACGACCUAGAUGACCAGGAACUAUGCUCAGCGCUGAGGAGAGCAAGCCGAGCUUUUGGAAUCAGGGAAGUUCCCAGCUAUCGCGUUAUCAAAGCAAACAAUGGGCCAAAUCAGACUGGCUGUGAUUGGGGUGAUCAUUUGCCUGAUUUCCUAGAACAGACGAGGAUUGAGCUGUUUGAGCACGACAAGAUCGAAUUUGAUAAGCAGAAAAGGAUGCUCGGGGGUAGACCGUUCACAUUCUACAAGUUCCGGGAUCUGAUGAGGGGCACCACGAUGGAGGAAUGGGUCGACAAGCUCCCCUCCCGCCCCUCCCAGUUCGAAGGAUAA